AUGGCAGCUAGUUCACCGCCUCCGGGCAGCCUGCGGCAGCGCAAUGUCGGGUCCAAAAAGACGCGCCCCGACUCGCCCGGUUUCGCCCCCGAGGAGGAACUCGACAAGCUCUCCAAGGCCAUCACGUCCAAGACGGCCGUCGCCUUCGUCACCCGGUUCUGGGGCAUUAGCCAUCCCGACGAGGUCGUCUUCGAUGAGGUUCACUUCGGAAAGUUUGCCUCCUACUACCUCGAGCGUACCUACUUCUUCGACGUUCACCCGCCGUUUGCCAAGCUCUUGUUUGGCUUCAUGGGCUGGCUCGUUGGAUUCGACGGCCAUUUUCACUUCGAAAACAUUGGCGACUCCUACAUUGCCAACAAUGUCCCAUACGUGGCAUUCCGUUCGCUGCCCGCUAUCCUCGGCGCUUUGACCGUGUCUGUCACGUACCUCAUCAUGUGGGAGUCUGGCUACAGCGUCCCUGCCUGCAUCGUGGCCGCCGGGCUGGUUCUGCUGGACAAUGCUCACAUUGGCCAGACCCGCCUCAUCCUCCUUGACGCCACGCUGGUGCUCGCCAUGGCCUGCAGCCUGCUCUUCUACAUCAAGUUCUACAAGAUGCGUCAUGAACCGUUUGGCAGAAAGUGGUGGAAGUGGCUCAUCCUCACGGGCUUCGCCCUCUCGUGCGACAUUUCGACAAAGUACGUGGGCCUCUUCGCCUUUGUCACCAUUGGCUCCGCCGUCGCCAUCGAUUUGUGGGACCUGCUGGACAUCAAGCGACCGGGCGGCGCCAUCAGCCUUCCCGAGUUUGGCAAGCACUUUGCCGCUCGCGCGCUUGGCCUCAUUGUCUUGCCGUUCCUUUUCUAUUUGUUCUGGUUCCAGGUUCACUUCACCGUCCUGUCGCGCUCCGGGCCCGGCGACGACUUCAUGACUCCCGAGUUCCAGGAAACACUGAGCGACAAUGCCAUGCUGGCCAACGCGAUUGACAUUCACUAUUACGACGCCAUCACCAUCAGGCACAAGGAAACCAAGACGUACUUGCACAGCCACGAUGAGCGCUACCCGCUGCGAUACGACGACGGCCGUGUUUCCAGCCAAGGCCAGCAGGUCACCGGGUACCCGCACAAUGACACCAACAACUACUGGCAGGUUCUCCCGCUCAAUGAUGACAAGCAGACUGGCAGGAACGUCAAGAACCACGACCUGGUGCGGCUCAGGCAUCUGGUCACUGACAAGAUUCUCCUCUCUCACGACGUGGCGUCUCCCUCCUAUCCCACGAAUCAGGAGUUCACGUGCGUGUCGCUCGAGGACGCAUACGGAAGCAGGGCGAACGACACACUCUUCGAGAUCCGCAUCGAGCACGGCAAGGACAAUCAAGACUUCAAGUCGGUUGCUGGCCACUUCAAGCUCAUCCAUAACCCCAGCAAGGUGGCCAUGUGGACUCACACCAAGCCCCUGCCCGAAUGGGGCCAUCGGCAGCAGGAAAUCAACGGCAACAAGAACAUUGCGCCCAGCUCCAACGUGUGGAUCGUCGAGGAGAUCCCGACGCUCGGCGCCGACGACGCGCGCCGCGAGAAGCCAGAACGCCAGGUCAAGUCGCUCCCGUUCCUCGCCAAGUGGCUCGAGCUGCAGAGGGCCAUGUUUUACCACAACAACAAGUUGACUAGCAGUCACCCCUAUUCCAGCCAGCCCUACCAGUGGCCGUUUCUGCUCCGCGGCGUGAGUUUCUGGACCCAGAACGACACGCGCCAGCAGAUUUACUUUGUGGGCAACCCGCUGGGCUGGUGGCUCGCGAGCAGUCUCCUUGCCGUGUUUGCGGGCAUCAUUGGUGCCGACCAGGUCUCUCUUCGACGGGGGAUCGAUGCGUUAGAUCAUCGCACCCGCUCGCGACUGUACAACUCGACGGGCUUCUUCUGGCUGGCGUGGGCCACGCACUACUUUCCAUUCUUCCUGAUGGGUCGACAGCUCUUCCUGCACCACUACCUCCCCGCGCACCUUGCGUCGUGCUUGGUGACGGGUGCGCUCAUCGAGUUCAUCUUCAACAGGUUCGCAGGGCAGAGCAUGAAGGGCGCCUGGAUUGCAUGCGUGGUGAUCCUGGCGGCGGCCACGGUGGCGCGACGCAAGUGGCUCGGGUUCGACUUGCAUUUCGCCAAAUGA